UAGUAGCAGCGGAGGGGGGAGGAGGGAAGAGCGGAGCGCGCGAGGAGCUGGAGGGAGGGGCGCGAGGCCUGCCUGCUCGCGCGCCCGCCGGAAGUGAGCGCCGUCGCUACUGCUGCCUUCUCUGUGGCAGAAAAAAGCCCGGCCGGCGGCAGACUGACAGACUGACUGACUGGAAGAACGGCGCUGAGGAGGAGGAGGAGAAGGAAGGGCAAUCUCCUCAGGAGGGCCUUUAACGAAACCGGGGCGCCGAGGGGAGAGAAAGCGAGAGAGAGAGAAAGAAGAAAAGGAGGAACCGCCACAGAACAACAAGAACAGAUAGACUCUUCAAUCACUUGGCAUGUCCAAAUCAUCUUGUCUCUUGUUAAUAAGUACAAAUGAAUUUGUCCAUCUCAAAUGAGAAGCCCUCAAGAAAGCCAAGCAAUAUCUAAAUAUGGUUCUUGUGAAGGGGGUAUAGAGGGAAUAUGGAGCAGCUGUCUGAUGAAGAACUUGAUCAUGGUGCUGAAGAGGACAGUGAUAAAGAAGAUCAGGAUUUGGACAAGAUGUUUGGAGCUUGGUUGGGAGAAUUAGACAAACUCACACAGAGUUUGGAUACAGACAAACCCAUGGAACCUGUAAAAAGAUCCCCUCUUCGCCAAGAAACGAAUAUUGCAAACUUCUCCUAUCGCUUUUCUAUGUACAAUCUCAAUGAAGCCCUGAAUCAGGGAGAAGCCGUAGAUCUUGAUGCUCUGAUGGCCGACCUUUGUUCCAUAGAACAGGAGCUCAGUAGCAUUGGAUCACAAUCUGCAAACAGUAUGUCAAUGAAACGCUUUGCUGCAGAUGGAAAAAUGGCUCAAAAACCACCUGGCAGUGUUCGGGUUGCUGCCAAACACAGCAGUAUGAAAGGAUUGUCAUCUUCAUCAUCUAGUAGGGCAACAAAGCCUUCACAUGCUAUCUUUUCUUUGGAUGAUAUUACUGCACAGCUAGAAAAAGCAUCUCUGAGUAUGGAUGAAGCUGCUCAGCAACCUGUAAUGGAAGACAGCAAACCUAUAGUUGCUACCCAACAUAGGAGAACAGCAUCGGCAGGUACUGUGAGUGAUGCUGAAGUUCGUUCUAUUAGUACUUCCUCCCGUUCUAGCAUCACGUCAGCAGCCUCCAGUAUGGACUCCUUAGACAUCGAUAAGGUGACAAGACCUCAGGAACUGGAUUUGACUCAACAAGGGCAACCAGUUAGUGAGCAUAUUGUUUCUAUGGAACAUUCCAGCAAGCAAGCCAGACGUCACAUUGACUUUUCUGAAGAAGAGGCUGAAUUGGCUCCUCACUCCUAUUUGGACAGGGAAACCUCCCUUCUUCUGAGAAACAUUGCAGGAAAGCCUUCUCAUUUGCUGACCAAGGAGGAACAAGCUGCAAAGUUAAAGGCUGAAAAAAUCAGGGUUGCUUUAGAGAAGAUUAAAGAAGCACAAGUUAAGAAGCUUGUAAUACGAGUCCAUAUGUCUGAUGACAGCUCCAAGACAAUGAUGGUAGAUGAAAGGCAGACAGUACGGCAAGUGCUGGAUAACUUGAUGGACAAGUCUCAUUGCGGGUUUAGCUUAGACUGGUCUCUUGUGGAAACCAUCUCAGAAUUACAAAUGGAGCGAAUCUUUGAAGAUCAUGAAAAUUUAGUUGAAAACCUCCUCAACUGGACAAGAGACAGUCAAAAUAAACUUAUGUUUGUUGAACGUAUAGAAAAAUAUGCACUUUUCAAAAAUCCUCAAAAUUAUCUUCUUGGGAAAAGGGAAACCUCUGAAAUGGCAGACAGGAACAAAGAAGUAUUACUGGAGGAGUGUUUUUGUGGAAGCUCAGUAACCGUGCCAGAGAUUGAAGGGGUGUUGUGGCUGAAAGAUGAUGGCAAAAAGUCUUGGAAGAAACGUUACUUUCUUCUGCGAGCUUCCGGAAUCUAUUAUGUUCCAAAAGGGAAGGCUAAGGUUUCGCGAGAUCUUGUCUGUUUUCUUCAGCUAGACCAUGUCAAUGUUUACUACGGGCAAGACUAUCGCAACAAGUAUAAAGCCCCUACAGAUUAUUGCCUAGUUCUAAAGCAUCCUCAAAUUCAAAAGAAAUCUCAAUAUAUUAAAUAUUUAUGUUGUGAUGAUAUAAGAACCCUUCAUCAAUGGGUAAAUGGCAUCCGUAUUGCUAAGUAUGGAAAGCAACUGUAUGUAAACUAUCAAGAAGCUCUGAAAAGGACAGAAUCAGCAUAUGAUUGGACAUCCCUAUCCAGCUCAAGUAUUAAGUCAGGGUCUAGCUCAUCCAGUUUGCCAGAAUCUCAAUCCAACCAUUCUAAUCAAUCCGAUAGUGGACUUUCAGAUACCCAAACCGGACAUGUCCGUUCGCAAAGCAUUGUUAGUUCAAUCUUUUCAGAGGCAUGGAAACGGGGUACUCAGCUGGAAGAGUCCAGUAAGAUAAGUGCUAGAAUGGACUCAAUGAACCGACCCUUUCCUUCGUUUGCCCCACCUUUGUCUCCACAGACUAAAACUGCUGCCCCAUUCACAGCCUCACAACCAUCGCCACCCCUCCCGCCUCCACCCCCUCCUCCGCCCCCUCCUCCUCCGCCCCCUCCUCCACCCCCGCCUCCUCUGCCCAGCCAGUCUUUGUCAUCCGGAGGUGGAUCGGCCACAGUGUUUGUGAAGUACAGCACUAUAACAAGGUUACAAAAUGCUGCUCAGCAUGGUGGUCUUCUCUUCAAGCCACCCCUUAUGAUGCACCAAGCAACAUCGCUCCCACCACCAGGAAAACCACAGAACCUCUUACCCCCAAAUGGAGUGAUCCCUCCACCACCGCCCCCUCCACCACCUCCUACUCCAGGGUCAGCCAUGGCACAGCUCAUGAAGCCAGUGCCUUCUGCCCCUUCAGUGCCACAGUUCACACCGCCCCCACCUCCUGCCCCUCCGCUGAAAAUUCACCAGGUUCAUCAGAGCAUUCCUCAGCCUACUGCUUCACCACCACCUCCUCCCGCAAUUCCUGCACCCCCACCUCCGCAGGCUCCCCCUAAACCUGCCAUGACUCUACCUACACAAAACAGCACAAAAGCUGCCUCUCCUGUGGUGGCUCAUCCCACACCCCCAGCUCUGCUUCCUUCAGCAGUAAAGAAGCAGCCAAGUUUCACAACGCUGCCGGCUCCAUUAUCUCCUGUCCCACUGGGCCCUACUCCACCACCCACAUUACCCAAGCAGCAGAACUACUCCAGCAAGCUUCCUCCUUCCCCGCAAUCCCCUGUGCCAUCAGUUGUGAAGCAAAUAGCAAGUCAGUUCCCCCCUCCUCCCUUGCCAGUCUCAGAGCCCCAGCCUUUAAAGCCAGCCCCUCUGAGUGUGCCACCGCCGUCUCCUCCAGCAGUGAAAGCCAAGCCCAAAUGGCAGCCCACCUCUGCCCCUUCUCCUGACUUUCCUCCUCCUCCUCCCGAAAGUAGCUUGGCAUUUCCUCCUCCACCUUCUCCUUCUCCCCUGGUAGUCUCUCCCACCCCAGAUAAGACAGGGGGUUCUCCAGUUAAAAAAGCUGGGAAGUCAUCCAGUCCUGGUGGGAAAAAGCCACCCCCCACCCCACAGCGCAACUCCAGCAUAAAGUCUAACAGCUCAGCAGAAUACCACGAAUCUAAGAGACCUUCUGUGGACAGCCUGGUUAGCAAAUUUGCACAUCCACCAGAGCCUUCAGGGUCUCCCUCCAAGGAGUCUCCAAAUCCCCCUGCUGCUCCUCCAAAGCCAGGAAAGCUCACUCUGCCUAUAGCACUUCAGCAAGCAGGGAUUUCAGCAAAACCACCUGGGAAGGGUGCCGUAGAAGAGUUUCCUUCUCCUCCAUCGGAUUCAGACUUUCCUCCUCCGCCUCCUGAAAUAGAUCUUCCUCUACCACCCGUAGAGAUCCCUGCGGUCUUUUCAGGCAAUACUUCUCCAAAAGUGGCUGUUGUCAAUCCCCAGCCUCAGCCCUGGUCUAAAUCAUCCAUGAAGAAGGCUCCCCCUCCCACCCGCCCCAAACGUAAUGACAGCACCCGACUGACACAGGCAGAGAUGGCAGAAGCACAGGUGACCACAGCCUCCCCACAAGUGCCCACCUCACCCAAAUCCAGCCUUAGUGUUCAGCCGGGCUUCCUGGCUGAUCUGAACAGGACUCUGCAGCGCAAGUCCAUCACCCGCCACGGCUCCCUCUCCUCCGCCCGGAUAUCCAGAGCAGAGCCAAUGGCAACCAUGGAUGACAUGGCUUUGCCUCCACCCCCACCUGAACUUCUAACAGACAAACAGAAGACCAGCAAUUUUGGAGGUAGUCAUAUAUCAGGCUAUGCAACUUUACGGAGGGGCCCACCUCCAGCACCUCCAAAGAGAGAUCAAAAUACGAAACUGUCGAGAGACUGGUGAUAGAGGGUGAGACGCACAUUGGCUUCUGGCAGACACUACAAGCGAUAGGUUUGAUGUACUUGCAUUGUGACUCCUUGUCUAAUAUCCAUAAUUACAAGAACAAAGUGCUGUUAACGGUAGCUAUGAUGAUAGCAUUCACUUCCAAAAUCAGUCCAAAAUGGUUUACUGUUUGUAUUUGGUCUUUCGGGGAGGGGUGGACUGAAAUCUUUCAGUUUUCAAACCUUUAAUGUGGAUUGGACAAAACUAACACUUUUUCUUCCUGCAGUUCAGGAAAACAACUGUUGUCUGUCAGCGUGAGACAUGUUGGUGCAUGUAUUAUAAAUGUAGGUAUAUAAUAUAUUGUGAAAUACUUUGUUGCAGUUAUAGGGGAUAACCAGAAUGCUUUUGUACAUCUGUAUUUAUUGUUUCAGUCAACUGAUAAAAAUAUAGAUAUAUAUAUAUUACGAGAAUUUGGAUUGUGUAUCUUAACCAGAAAAAUCCUUUACAUUUGAAAAAUGAAGAUAUUAGGGGGCACUUUAAAUUGGCAAAGACCUUUUUGGGUAGUUGGUGACGGGUAUACAGCGCUGACAGGUUAUGCCAGUCUCUGUACAUCAUCAGUUGAUUGAAAAAUACAGACACAAACUACCAAAACAUUCUGGUUGUAAUACUACUGAGAUUUAGGUCUAUACAUAGAAAAAAUGCUGUACAGUGGUGCUGGAGUGAAAUAUAUUUGGACAUUAGGAAAGGGUUAAAAAGAGAGUGUACGGAAUUAAAAUGUCCAGCAAUUCACUUGCCCUUUAGUAAUUCUGUGCUCACUCAGGAGUAAACCCCAUUAAACACAGGAAGACUUCCGUCUGCAUAAAAGCAUAGGAUCCAGCUGUAAGGCUGCAAUCUAGCCAUGCAGGUAGGGAGUAAAUUUUAAAGAUCUCAUUGGAGUCUACUUUCACCAGCUCAAGUUCUACAAACAUCCCGUGUUCUGUGCUGCUUUUCCAAUUUUUUUUUACUUGUAGCCUGCCAUCUCCCUUUGAAAGCAUUCUGGAUGUCCUGAGGCAUGUCUGGCUGCAAAUUUCAUUCAGUUUGGUUGACAUGGCAUUGCCAGUGUGUCAGUUCAGAUGUGGCAUGUCAGCUUUACAUGUUAAAUUUUAAUCUUAGUGUACAUGCAAAUACUACCCUUAUUUCUACAGUUGCUUACAAAAAGGGAAGCAUUGCUUAAGCAUUCACCAGUUAAAUACCUAGAAAGCAGCACAGAGCAAAAGGCACAGUACAUCCCCUGAUAAGGGGAGAUAUGGCUUAAUGUGUUGCUGAAGGCUUUCAUGGCGGGAAUCACUGGGUUGUUGUGAGUUUUCUGGGCUGUGUGGCCAUAUUCCAGAAACAUUCUCUCCUGAUGUUUCACCCACAUCUAUGGCAGGCAUCCUCAGAGGUUAAGGUUUCCAAUAUGCCUCACAACCUCUGAGGAUGCCUGCCAUAGAUGUGGGCGAAACAUCAGGAGAGAAUGCUUCUGGAACAUGUCCACUCAGCCCGGAAAACUCACAACCCAGAUAUGGCUUAAUUAAUACAGUAAAUUUCUCAGUGCUUUGGAAAAGUAUUUUUAUCAGAUUAUUUCAUUGGGUGAGGAAUUCCUAGAUCUGAAUCACUAAGUGCAGUAUACACAUUGCAAUGUACAAUACGCAGGUGGUAAAACUCUACAUAUUCACUACUAUGAGGCAUUUAUCAUAAACUGCAUAUCAUGAAUGCUAUGAAGGUGGAUAUGUCUCUCUGUAGUGGAAGGAAGACAUUUUAUUUUUUCUGUACUUUAAACAUAUUGAUCAGUUUGAAGAGAAUUGUGUCAGAACUGGUGUGAGGAGUAUUGCAGUUUCAUCCAAACAUUUUGAAGACAUGGGAAGUUACUUAUUGGGCUUAAGUGUUCAAACCAACUGUUGGCUCUGACCCAUUUGUAUGAUGAAGAAAAAUGUUUUCCAUUUUGUCCUUGAAAAGAUAUAAAAGAAAAUGCAGACAUAUUUGCCUUGGUACAACUUGGACCAAAAGAGUUUUAAAAACAGAAAAAGUUUGGUGCUGUGAUCUAAUGCUGAAUCUACUUUGGUUUCUUCUUCCUUCAGUGUGACCUGGGCUUAGUCAUCCUGUUGUGGAAUACUUUACUUAAGCAAUAAGAAUAUACCAUUGUGUGCAUUUUUAAAGCACUGCUGUUGGAAGGCACCUUUUUGUAUCUUUUGAAGUGUUCAAAGUUUUUGUUUCAUCUAUUUUUGUGCUUAUAAAGUGUCCUUAACCAUUUGCAUUACAGCAUUUUAGCAUGUUUAAUGUGAUCUUGCUAACGCCUUACACCAAGAAUGCUUUUUUUUAUUGGUAAUGCAUUUGGUGCUCUGACUUUGUUCCUGCUGCUGCUUGGACCAUGUGUGACACACAAAGCAAACACUUCACUUGAGCAAAGUGAAGCAUGGUCACCUAAGUAGCCUCGCAGCCAGGUGCUCAGGCCAGGAGUGGUAGAAGUACACAGGGCAAACCUGGAGCAGAUACAUUUGUCUGAUGGCUCACUUCCCUUGCACACACAUUUUAAUUUUGAAUAGGUGUCUUGGGAGACCUUUAGUUCUGCCAUGUUGACAAAACUGCCAGUACCUGCUUGAGAUCCAAAGUCAUUUGUAUUGACCUAACUGGUUUGGAACAUGAGUAUCUGUGCUCCAUUAAGCAUGGUUCUCUGACACGGCAUUUACUCCAAAAAGCAACAGCAGAGCCAGAAAGGUGUCUUCUGCACUAUCUUCAUCUGUGACUUCCCAAACUUUCCCUGGUUUCCCAAAAUUUCCAGGUGAGUUUAUAUCUUAAUAUUUCUCUAUUCCACCAAUACACCCUGUUACUGAUUGAUAAUGUAUCAUUUCUCUGUGUCUUUCUUCUACUAACCUUACUUAAAGACUACCAAUGGCCUGUAAUGCACAUGAAAGGCAUUGAAAUAGGGCAACGCACAUACACACUCAAAUCGUCUUUUCAAAUCUCGAGAAUAGAAUUGCUGUGGUAACCUUUGACCCUAAUUAAUGUAUCCCAACUAUUAUGGUGCUUGCUGUCAUUUCUUUUAUAUAAUGCCUCCGUUCUCUAUUUGUUAACACUAUUUAGGUGUUCACACUAAUUCCGAAUUGAGUUUUCAGGUACUUCAAUACCUCAUGGUUGCAAUUUAAUUACAAAUUUCCUUGAAUGUUGUGAACUUGAUCCGGGGAAUUAAGGUAUACUUUUUAACAAGCUUCACCUCAAAAUCACUAAUAAGAAAACUGACAGUAUUUAAUUAGUACUAAAUGGGUUAAAUGCAAAUGAGACCUGACAACCAGAUAAAGCAGUAACAGCUGAAUUCAGCAACGUGAAGUGAAAAUCCUUUUCUAUUUCCAUUUCUGCUUUUGUUUCUUUUACUGAUCAUAUGAUGAUUAACAAAAUAUACAUCUGAGUAGCUUUUUUUUUACAAAGUUUCAGUAAAGGCACUACACAUUUCUCUCAGUUUAUUUUAAGAUGUAAAGUAGUAAAUGCGGUUGCAUUUGGGGAAAACAUAAGUUAUAAGCUAGAGUACCAUGGCUCAAGAGAAAAUCAAACUUCUGAUUAUGUCCCUGCAUUUUGCAAAGACAUACAUUCAAAAUAUUUUUUUCCACAGCAUUAUAAUUCUGGCUUGUUAUUAACAGAGGUGUUAAGUAAAGUAAAUGCUUCUGGGGUUCACUUAAUCGUUUUUCUUCCCCCAAAGCUAAAAAUUGUGUUUAACAGAAUUGGCAGACAGUCAAGCAGGCAACUGAAGAAUGGCAUUAAGUAGGGGAAUAAGGAUCAACCCCCUACUGCACCCUGGGCCUGCUAUUUAAUCACAGUGAAUUUGCUUUUGGUAAUUACACCCUAAUUCUGUCAUUUAUCCCUUUGCAUAUAUAGAAGCAAACUUCGUUCAAAGGUCAUUUCAUUUAAGUUAUGAAGCAGGCAUUAAAAACUACCCAAAGCCAGGUGACUGCAUGUGUCCCUCUCUCUCAUAUACACAUACAACCAAUUGUUGACAUUUUUAUCUAUUUUACUCAAAAUGUACUGUAUGCACUCGAGGGAGGAUUCAUGUCAUCUUCCCCCCCCCACCCCCCGGCCUAAAACAUGAUGAACCUGCACACUGGAGGGGGGUUACUGAGAGAGGGGGUCAUUGGGGGCCAUAUUUUCCCCCAAGUAUAAGGAGUGUGCUAAUCUGAUUACAAAUCGAACAGGUAUUUAUAAUUUGCUAAUGUAAUGCAUACUGAACACUGUUAGGUACUACGAUCCUUCCUACCCCUCAGUUGUAUCUUCCUGACAUUCAGAAAGUACCCAUUCAGGGUAACCCUGUCAAUACAAUAGCAUGGUAGAAAUGUGUGUAAUGUAGGUACUUCACACUGCUAAUGUCUGGUUGCAAAUUCCUUUCUUGUGGGAUUUCCUCACUGCCACAGUCCCCUUUGAGGGGAGUAAGAACUGCCAUGGAGCACCUGCCUCGUACACGACUUGCCUUACACUCUGGCAAUGGGGAAUGUAGGAAUAUUGCAGCAUUUCUGUAAGUAAGAAGUUAUUGAGGGAUGCAGUGAGCACAUAGCCAACCUCAGCAUCGCUUUUUAGGGGCCCUUCAUACAUGCCCUCAAGCUUCAAUAGGACAGGCCCAAAAUAUUUGGGAUUCUCUGUGGACCAAAGAAAAACAAGAUAGCAGAGGCAGUUCUCUUACAACUCCUCUAAGUUGCAGCCUUAUCAGAGGCACAGGCCAUAAUACAAAAACACCUUAGAAUCAUAUGUGUGUUGCCUUUGUUUGAAUGUGGAAGGUCUCCUGUAAAAUUACCUAUUACUCACUUUGUGCUGCAGCUUAUUAUACUACCCACUAAGUAUGUACAUCACCUUCAGAAAAUGGAAGGAAUAAUUUGUCUGCUUUUUCCUGCUUUACAUAUUUUGUAAUUGUAAAUGUUAGGAUUGUAAAUUGUGGGAAAGAACAUUGGCGUCGUUUCGCAACCAUUGGGAAGAGUCAAUGGUGAUGAUCCUUGUAACUGAAUUUACACAUGUGCAACACCCAUGUGGCAGCAAUGUUUUUUGUCCGUGCAACGGAUUUGUGCUAAAGUGCUGUAAAUACAUUAAUGUUUACUGCUUUCUACGGGAAAAAAUAUUGCACAUUAUCUUUGAAUGGGACUGCCUUCCCCAUCUCCUUUCCCUUUAAAAAAGAAAGCAAAGUUCAUUGCAAGUGAUAACUUAUGGUUGAGAAGAGGUUUGUUCUAUAUAAAUAUUCUAUAAAUAUGUAUAAAUAUACUUUUUUAAAGCAUGGGAGAAUACAAAAUGCAUUCAUGACAAAGUACUCAGAAAUCAUUAUACAAUGGAAUAUGCACACCUUAAUAAAGAUAUAGUUACAUUUA